CACUAUACAUGAGGGCUGGUCAACCAAGAAUCUUCAAAAGCAGAGCUGGGUCAAUCUUUUUCUGCUCUCUGUCAAUCUUAAAAUUCAACAUUCCGAACUUUCUUCUCCGCUGUAAUUUCUUCCAUCAUAUAACAACGCCCUAAACCUUAGACUUCACUGUGUCUUUCAAUUUCAAUGUUUUCCGAUCAUGAUCCGUUUUCUUAUGUUGUUCUUCGCGGUUCUGUCCUUUUCUUCCCUCGUUUUCGCCGCCGUCGACACUGUUCCGGAAGGCCGUGUUUUCAGAGAGGGCGAGAACUUAACGUCGUUUGGGGGGAAAUUCGUGUUGGGGUUCUUCAGUCCGGAGGGAACAACGAACAGGUACGUCGGAAUAUGGUACAAUCACAUUUCUCCCCUGUCCGUCGUUUGGGUGGCUAAUCGGGACAAGCCACUCCGGCACCGGAACGGGAGUUUCGGAAUCUCCGGCGACGGUGAUUUCGUCGUUUUGGACGGAACGGGUGGGGACCCACUCUGGAGAACAAACGUCUCUGCCACGCCGAAUAAUGCUUCUCUGGUUCUAACCGACGGCGGAGAGCUUGUGAUCUGCACAGACCCAGAGAGGAUCAACGGGAUCCUGUGGCGGAGCUUCGACAACCCGACGGACACAUUCUUGCCGGGGAUGAAGGUGAACGUUUCAACCGGAGAACGGAAAAUCUUCACUUCUUGGAGGAAUCCCGGCGACCCUUCCCCGGGGAGGUUCACCAUGGGGAUCGACGGCAGAGGAUCGCCGCAGAUCGUGAUUUGGGACGGAGAGAAACGGAGAUGGAGAAGCGGCCAUUGGAAUCGACUGGUCUUCUUGGGUGUGCCGGGUAUGAGGGCAAUUUCGGUAUACGGUUUUAAUCUGUACAAUGACUUCAACGGCGUCUACUUCAAAUACACCCCUUCCAACCCUUCGGAUUUUAUAAGAUUCAUGGUUGAUGCGGAAGGUAACGAGCUGCAACAAAAGUGGGACACGGGCAAGAAGGAAUGGAGUGAGAUUCAAUAUCAACCAUCUCUUCCGUGCGGGAUUUACAACCGGUGUGGGAAAUUCGCGACGUGCGACUCCUCGUCAGUUCCAAAUAUCUGUAGUUGCAUGCACGGAUUCGUUCCAAACAAUCAGAACGAAUGGGAUUCAGGGAAUUGGUCAGAGGGUUGUGUGAGGAGGGAAGAAUUACAAUGUCGUCGCAAGAAUAACAGUAACACAGACAAUUACAUUGGCAAAAGUGAUGGAUUUCGUAAAGUCAAAGAUAUCAAACUGCCAGAUUUUGCAGAUGCACAAGACGAUGCAAGAAGUGAGGAAGAAUGUAAAAAGAAGUGUGAGGAGGACUGCUCUUGCAAUGCAUAUGCACUUGUUGAUGGAAUCCCAUGUAUGAUAUGGAGAGGUGACCUUGUUGACAUGCAACAGUUUGAAAGAGGCAGCGGGAGCACUCUUUCCCUUCGUCUUCCUUAUUCUGAACUAGGAGAUAAAAAUAGGAGAAGGACAAUUAUAAUAGCAGCCACCGUUGGGACAUCUGCAGCCACAUCCCUUGUUUCCUUAGCCAUUUGGAUAGUAUAUAAGAGCCGAUCAAAGAGAAAGAGGGUUGAGGCAGAAAAACCUAACGGCAGUGGAGAGUCCCCUACGGAUUUGUCCGGGGAAUGCCAAGAAGGGAAGAAAGGGUCAGAUUUGGUGAUGUUCUGCUUCAGCGCCAUGGAAGCCGCCACCAAUUACUUCUCGCACGAAAACAAGUUGGGACAGGGAGGAUUCGGACAUGUCUAUAAGGGGGUGCUACCAAGUGGUCAAGAAGUAGCUGUAAAAAGAUUGUCUAGAAAAUCAGGACAGGGGGUGCAGGAGUUCACAAAUGAAGUCACUGUGAUUGCCAAGUUACAACACAGAAAUCUUGUUAAGCUUUUAGGCUGCUGCGUUGAAGGAGACGAAAAGAUGUUACUUUAUGAGUACAUGCCAAACAAGAGCUUGAACUCUUUUCUUUUUGAUCCCGCAAAGCGGGGCGAGUUGGACUGGACAAAGAGAUACCAUAUCAUCGAAGAGAUUGCACGAGGGAUGCUCUAUCUCCAUCGCGAUUCGAGACUCAGGAUAAUUCAUAGGGACUUGAAGGCGAGCAACAUUUUGUUAGAUGCUGAGAUGAACCCCAAAAUUUCGGACUUCGGCAUGGCUAGGAUAUUCGGAGGGAACCAAGGGGAAGAAAACACGAACAGGGUCGUUGGCACUUACGGCUAUAUGGCUCCAGAAUACGCAAUGGAAGGCUUGUUUUCGGUGAAGUCUGAUGUCUAUAGCUUCGGUGUCUUAUUACUAGAGAUUGUUAGUGGUCGAAGGAGCGCGAGCUUUCGAUCAGGCAACCACUCGGGCAUUGUAGAAUAUGCAUGGGAUGAGUGGGAUCAAGGCAAACCAAUGAACCUAAUGGACCCUUCCAUCUUUAGUUCAUGUGUGCCACAGCAAGUGCUGAGAUGCAUACAAAUUGGGCUUCUUUGUGUCCAAGACUUGGCGGUUCACAGACCAAAUAUGUCCGCAGUGGUGCUGUUUCUUGAAACCGACAAUGUGGCUCUGCCUGCCCCGAGACCGCCCACGUACACCGCCUCCAUGAGAAGAACAGAUGGUGUUGAUUCUUGGAACCAGAGCGAGGAUCUUCCUAGCGGCAACAACAUCACUCUUAGUGUUAUUGUUGGUAGAUGACACGGCUCGUCUUGUGCAAAUCUAAUACUCAGUUAACAACAAACAAUUUGAGGAACUACUUAAUUAACAUGAAUGGGAUUUACUCAAAGUUUAAUGAUGGGAUAUUGUAGAAUUAGAUAUGGAGUAGACCCAUGCAAUUUGAGAGCAUAGACAAUGACAAGUCGUAUCUUGGAAUGCCACGCAGUGACAUGACACAAUACAAACAAUCAAAAAAUGCAUUGUCACACAGUGACAUUCUAAUGAACUAACAUCCCUUAC